CGCUGGAGUUGGACCGGUUUGCUCAUGGCGUUGCAUCUAUUUUGUUUUAUUUGUGGUGGUUCUUUGCUGAAUAUUGGGCUGAAAAUCCGGCCGACUGAUUGGGUAGGAGGUAGGUAAGCAGGGUAGAUCUGUUCGUGUCACCAUAGAAAGCGAAGUGUUUUCCGUGUUUUCCGUGUUGUGUUCCUGCGUUCUACAUACCGCCCCGCACUUUCCAACUUCCCACCUUUCACCAGCUUCCCAGUCACCUUGAGCUGGCUUCGCAAACACAUUCAAUCCUCUUCCUCUCCUCGUCCUCUUCUUCCUCCUCCUCCUCCUCCUCGCAUUCCAUUCUCUCACUUCUUCUACUUCCUCUGGCAAUUCCCCAGCGGUGAUAUCCUCCCAUAAUCGCAUCCUACCAUGGCGGAAGAAGGCUUGCGUUCUGUGCCCGGCCCCUCCGGGUUUUCCGCAUUUAAUGCGGUUGCACCUCCGUUUAACGCCUCGGGGAUGGUCACCGACGCGACAAGCAGCACGCAUGCCGUCUCCCUCUCUUCGCUGGCAUCUCCUGCGGCGUUGUUCGCCCUCUUUCUCGUCUAUGCAGCGAUAUGCUCGUCCUUGCGUUUCCGUCACGAGAAGGCCAUGCUCCGUCGCUUCAACUACCCGGACCGAGCCUCCCUCGCCAGAAUGACAAGCAAUGACGCCCAGAGCAUCCUUGCAGACCUUAUGACCUUCGAGUUCCCGUUCAUAUAUAAAACGGCACUACAGUUUGCGAUCUUCAAGACCUACGGCUUCGAAACCAUGUCUCGGCUCAUCGUGGCCACCAAGAGCUUCUCGGAUCCUAAGACUGCCCCGAAGAGAUAUGAGGACACUGUUGUAAUCUUCGGCCAGUUCCAACUCAACCCCCCGACCUCUGCACCCUGCAUCAAGGCGAUCUCGCGCAUGAAUUUCCUCCACAGCCAGUACAAGAAGGCCGGAAAGAUCUCCAACGCCGACUUCCUCUACACGCUCUCCGUCUGUGUGACCGAACCCAUCCGGUUCAUCAACCUGUACGAGUGGCGUCCCCUCAACCACAUGGAGAUCAACGCCAUUGGCUGUUUCUGGAAGAGCCUUGGGGAUGCCAUGCAGAUCGAGUACAAGGGAUACCUCUCUAGGGACACGUGGAAGGACGGCAUCGAGUUUGUCGAGGACAUCACCAGCUGGGCAAAGGGAUACGAAGUUGAGGCGAUGAAGCCGGCCAAGACGAACACCCUCCCGGCCUACGCCCUCGCCGACAUGCUGAUCUACUAUGUCCCGAGCCUGCUCAAGCCGUUUGCUAUCGGGGUUCUGACAGCUUUGAUGGGUGACCGUGUACGGGAUGCCUUCAUGUAUCCUGAGCCGUCCAUCUUCACCGUCCUAGUUGCAUACGGGGCCCUCAACAUCCGCAGGCUCGUCAUGCGCUACCUCAUGCUCCCCCGCUUCUCCCCCUUGCGGUUCUUCUCCGACCCGGAUCCCAAGACCGGCCGCGUCCACCACUUCGACUGGCUCGUGCAGCCGUACUACGUCAAGGGGACGUUUUGGAAUCGCUGGGGCCCCGAGGGCUGGCUCACCUGGGCGCUCGGCGGUGUUGUCCCCGGUUCUGGCGGGGAGAAGUUCGUGCCGCAGGGGUUCCUCUUUGAGGAUAUUGGUCCCGAGGCGAAGAGGGGCAAGGGAAAAGUGGAAAUGGAGGAGUGGGAGAGGAUCCUGAAGGAGCAGCGGCCUUCGGGAUGUCCCUUUUCCAGGGGUUAGGCGCGGGAUGUGUCUGGGGGUUGGUCUGAUGUGUUUUGGUGUUUCCUCGGCCAGAGGCUAACACUUGUCUCGGUGUUUUGAACCACCAACAGAGGUGUAUAGAUUCUCAUUUUCUCUCGUCAGUGAGAGUCGCCUGAACAGAAAAUGGCUGGUUUACGGACUGGGAGGGCAGUCUUCGUAGCGGGCGUUCAUAGGUUACCCGGCCUAAGUCGGGACUGAUAGGUUCAAGAUAAUAAGAGCUACGUUGCACAGAG